UCUUGGGAGAAGACUGCUGGAUUUCGCCGGUAUGGAGGCUGUGAACCUGUACAGCCAGUUCCAGAGCCUGAUGGCUCAGGUGGACGGGCUGAACGAGAGCGUGGAGCCGCAGUUCCUCCAGAUGGCUAUACAUUUUGAAGAAUGCCGUAAGAAGUGGCUGCUGGCAGGUGAUGAGCUGGUUUCCUGUAAAGAGAUGCUGGCUAAAGCAGACACAGAGAAGGGCGCCCUGGAGGUCAAAUUAAAACACGCUCGAAACCAGGUGGACGUGGAGAUACGCCGACGCCAGAACGCAGAAGCAGUCCACGAAAAGCUGGAUCGGCAGCUACAACUUAUCCGUGAUAUGCUGAUUUCGGACAACAAUGGUAGCAGUGUCCACCUAAGUGAAGAGCAGCGGUCAGCCCUGGCCUUCCUCAGUGCCCACUCUCAGGCGGCACAAGCUGCUAAAAGCAACCUCAACUCCAGUCAAAGAUUAAGUAAAAUUGAUGAAUCGGCUACUUUGCUGUCAGACAUCAGCUAUGACCAAACCGAUGAUUCUUUGCAAUGGGAUUCCUCUGGGAUAAAUAAAGUGAGACUGCGUAAGCGUCAAAAAAGACGUUCCUCCAGAAAACUCUCAGAAGUUCCCCCACAGGCGCUGAAGAAGCCUCGCUCCACUGGACGUCCAUCAGAUAGGAUUAAUGAGUCUAUUGUGGCCAAAACGACCAUCACUGUUCCUGCAAAUGGUGGCGUUUUUGAGGCCGUCUCCACCAUUGAAACUGUGCCUUACUGGACACGCAGCAGAAGGAGGAGUGUGGCUCCAGAGUUGGGUGACACCACAACUGACCAGUCUGAUACGACCAGUGAGGCUCCCUGCACACCAGUCUCACAGUUUCCAGCCCAACGCCAAGCCCCUAGAGCUGGAGGAGGAAAGAAGCAUAACUUUGUUCCCAAAACGGUGAUCAAGUCUGAGUUCUGUGCACCAUGUGGGAGAAGAACAAGGUUCGGCAAGCUGUGUCUUCGCUGCCAGAACUGCCGGGUCGUGACACAUCCAGAGUGUCGUGACAACUGUUCCUUGCCCUGUAAUCCCACAGCUCUUACUACUCCCCUCAAAAGCACAGAGGCCACCCUGGCUGACUUUGCUCCGGCCACCUCUCCAAAGAUCCCGUCUUUGGUUGUCUACUGUAUUAAAGAGAUUGAACGUCGGGGUCUCCAUGAGGUUGGCCUGUACCGAGUCUCUGGUCAAGAGCGCUUGGUGAAAGAGCUGAAGGAGAAGCUCAUUAGAGGAAAAACUCUGCCUCCCCUUAACAAAGUGGAGGACAUCAAUGUCAUUGCAGGUGUCCUCAAGGACUUCUUAAGAAACCUUCCAGAGCCGCUGCUCACCUUCCACCUCAACAAAGCCUUCAUGCAGGCAGCCGAAAUUCAGGAUGAUGGCAACUGUCUGGCCAUGUUGUAUCAGGCCAUCGGUGAGCUGCCUCAACCCAACCGAGACACUCUGGCCUGCCUCAUGAUCCACCUGCAGAAGGUGUCUCAAAGUUUGGAUACCAAGAUGGAUGUGAACAACCUGUCCAGGGUGUUCGGCCCGACCCUGGUGGGUCACGCUGUUCCUGACCCAGACCCCAUGACCAUCUUACAAGACACCAGUAGGCAACCAAAGAUUGUAGAACAAUUGAUCAGUAUUCCAGAGAGCUACUGGAGCCGCUUUGCUUAUCCAGAUGUUGCAAGCAUGGAUUUUUCUCACCAAGCCGACACUCCAAAUCACAAAGUAAGUAUACUGGGACCAGUGACAACUCCAGAACGCCAGAUGAUGGCCAAAACACCGUCCUCCAGCUCCCUGUCUCAGCGGAUGAAGCAGACGCUGUCCAGUACCACCCUAUUUGGAAGCAAGAGCAAAGCAUCUGCCUUGAACCGGAACGGCAGCUUCUUUGCUUCUCCGAAGCUGAACUAAAGAAAGACGGAGAAAGAAAACGACUCAUGUUUCUGGAUGUUAGUUCCUGCUGUAACAGAGUGUCUUCGUACUAUCUUUUGGGAAAAUUCACUGCUUGUUUUAUUUUGGUCAAAUGUUUUUUUCUUUUUCUUUUUUAAUUUUCUGUUCAUUUUUUUUUCCACUUAAAAAAAUGUCAGAAUAUAAGUAUUUUUGUUGUAACUUUGACUAAUAAUGUUUAUUGGCCAACGUAUCAUCUGUCUGAGCUUGUAAUGCCUAAGCAACCAUAUGAAACUAUUUAGAGGGAGAAAAAAAGCGUAGAUCCUCUGCUUUAUGUACGAUGUUGACGUGUAUCUUACUGGUGUCUGUCUUGGAUUCUGUGGUUGUAACCACGGUGACGCACCAUCACAUUAUACACACCAAAUGAAGCAGAACAGGGUCUGUAUUAUUGGCCAGUCUAUGUUUUCAACCUUUUGUUUUAAAGAUUUAACAUUUUCUUUAUGUGAAUGUGCUUUGAUGUAUACUAACCAACUUUUAACCUGUGAUCACUUUAACAAUAAUCUAUGCACAACUACUAAUGCUAGAAAAUACUGCUGCAUUUUGCACUCUUUUAAAGAAAAAACAAA